GCCCCUGUAUGGCUGCAGUGCUGUGAUCCGUGGAUCGGUUCAGUUGUACCUUCAGUACCUCUUAUGAUGCUGGCAGAGGUCUGACAUAAGGGCUGGCUCCACUCAUGCUCUCAAGAGGAGUCUACAGCAGGAUCUUAUUCUUCUUCAUCUAGGGCUGCUCAGCCGCCCCCCCCCCGAAACUUCUCAUCCACCCUGUUCCCCUCACUGGUCUCUCUGACACCCCAAUACCAUGCUGCUAAAGGAGUACAGGAUCUGCAUGCCCCUCACUGUGGAGGAGUACAGGAUCGGGCAGCUGUACAUGAUCACCAAGCACAGCCACGAGCAGAGCGACCGAGGCGAGGGGGUGGAGGUGGUCCAGAACGAGCCGUAUGAAGACCCCAUACACGGCCCGGGACAGCUUACCGAGAAGAGGGUCUACCUGAACAGUAAGCUGCCGAGCUGGGCGCGUGCCGUGGUACCGAAAAUCUUCUACGUGACGGAGAAGGCGUGGAACUACUACCCGUACACAAUCACAGAAUAUACGUGUUCAUUUCUUCCUAAAUUCUCCAUCCACAUAGAGACAAAAUAUGAAGAUAAUGAAGGAUGCAAUGACCGUAUAUUUGAUCAUGAAGUGAAGGACCUGGAGAGGGAAGUGUGUUUCAUCGACAUUGCAUACGAUGAUAUCCCCGAGAGGUAUUACAAGGAGUCUGAGGACCCCAAGACCUUCAAGUCGGAGAAGACGGGCCGGGGACUCCUGAAGGAGGGCUGGAGGGAGAAUCAGCAGCCGGUCAUGUGUUCAUAUAAGUUGGUUGCUGUGAAGUUCGAAGUGUGGGGUCUGCAGACCCGCGUGGAGCAGUUUGUGCAUAAGGUGGUGAAAGAUAUCUUGCUGAUUGGGCACCGGCAAGCGUUUGCGUGGGUCGAUGAAUGGUAUGAUAUGACGAUGGACGAUGUGCGGCACUAUGAAAAAAACAUGCAGUUCAAAACGAAUAUUAAAGUUUGCAACCGACUGCUGUCAGCAACAAGUGAUGAAAUAGACAGCGACGCCAAAGAAAGCGUACGUUCCCUUUUACUGCUCUUGUAGAAAUAUUGGCCG